AUGUCCGAGUUCCAGCAGGAUCUUCCAGAUGCCUUCCUGGUCCACGAUUUCGAAGGCCCUCGUCGGGUCUACGAAUGCAGUGUAGAGGUUGGUGUGCAUUUCGUGGCGCUUCUUCUACAUUUAGCAGGCGGCGAAGUUGACGUCAGUGGUCCUGCAGUGUCCUCAGAGGCAACAAUGGUGAACAAAGAUCUUUCUGGUUAUUUUGAGUUACGAGGUUUCUAUGGGAUUACCAGAGAUUCGUCGAUUCCCUUUCCGCAUGUAGAGGUGGACAGUGGUCGCGUCUUUCAUAUCUCAGGGAACUGGUCUCCUGCAACAACGAUGUGAAUUUGUCCAUCAACCGAGGGAUACGGUUUUUUGCGUCCGACCCUUGUGUUUCCUUCCUGAAGAGCUUCCGCGCGGCCAUAGUUUUUUCUGGGGUUAAAACGGACAAUCCAGGUCGGUAGCGGUUUCCUCUUGGAGGGUAUGGUCGAUGGCGUCAUAAGGGAUCCUGAAUGGGCAGUUGAGUACUCUUCUUAAGUGUCCAAUCCAGCGCUUUAGAAUGUCUGAUCUCCUCAUAAGGAUUGUUCCGUCUGAGGUAAGCCGUAGAGUCGUUUCUUUGACCCUGGGACCUCAGGCAGUUUCGAAUGAUACAAGGAAAUUCUUCGUUUCAUUGCGGUCUGCGUAUCCUGGCAUUUCCUCGGCCUCGCGAUACAUUUAUGCAUUUUAAAUCUUCCGCAAGCAUUGCUGCACCAAUCGGUAACACCUAAGGAAGGCCAAGCUGAAGUAGGCAAGAACAGCAGGAUUUAUUGGCACCAAAAAAUUUCGCGACUGCUCUUCAGCUGCUUCCUGUCGCUUCAUAAGAGGGAUAACGAGUGAGAACAAUACAACAGAUUUGAAUUCAUGCAGAAAAUCGAUGCAGAAACAGCAAGGUUAGGGUUUUGGGCAAUGUUGGCUAAUCGAUAAAGUUAAUAACACAAACGCCGUAGGGGAAGAAAGUGAAAAAGAAGGAAACGUUAAAGAGCAAAAAAAAUGAGAGGAGAGAGGGGGAAUCAUGAAGCCAGAGGCUACCAUGGUAAUUUUAGGUUAACCACGUGCUCCAAUUGUUUACAAAGAUCUGGUUUCACUCGUCGAAUAUAGGCUGCCUCCAGGUAACGCAAUGUCCGAGUUGUUCGUGCCCGAACAAGUACUCGGAAGGAAGUUUUAGGGUCGACGGUGUGACCAGUAUCAAGUAGGUGUUUCGUAAUGGAUGAACGUGGGAUCUUAUUUUCUUGUCUAAGGAGCCACUUGGGCAGUUGGCAGCCAGAUCCAUUGAGCACCUGCCCAAGUGGCUCCUUAGACAAGAAAAUAAGAUCCCACGUUCAUCCAUUACGAAACACCUACUUGAUACUGGUCACACCGUCGACCCUAAAACUUCCUUCCGAGUACUUGUUCGGGCACGAACAACUCGGACAUUGCGUUACCUGGAGGCAGCCUAUAUUCGACGAGUGAAACCAGAUCUUUGUAAACAAUUGGAGCACGUGGUUAACCUAAAAUUACCAUGGUAGCCUCUGGCUUCAUGAUUCCCCCUCUCUCCUCUCAUUUUUUUUGCUCUUUAACGUUUCCUUCUUUUUCACUUUCUUCCCCUACGGCGUUUGUGUUAUUAACUUUAUCGAUUAGCCAACAUUGCCCAAAACCCUAACCUUGCUGUUUCUGCAUCGAUUUUCUGCAUGAAUUCAAAUCUGUUGUAUUGUUCUCACUCGUUGUCCCUCUUAUGAAGCGACAGGAAGCAGCUGAAGAGCAGUCGCGAAAUUUUUUGGUGCCAAUAAAUCCUGCUGUUCUUGCCUACUUCAGCUUCGUACCGGGGACAAAAUGCUUCAAAUUUUUAAGGAAGGCCAGUCUGUUUGCGUCAGUACCGCGGUUGACGUGGACUUUAUGCAGCCUGUUCUCUUCUGGCAGCAUGUUGCGGAUUUCUACGUCGUUGUCGACAGACCAAAGAGAAUGCUGACGGAGAUUUCGACCAAAGGCGCCCAGGGCGGCGGAGCGGAUGACGGCUCGUAG